ACUUCUUCUGAGUUUUUAUCAUUUAUGUACUUUAGGCAACAUAUUAUGUUGUGAAAUGAAUGUUAACUGUAUUAUUGUAGUGUCACGUGUGUUAUUAUGAUGGUGUUUGUGCAUCUUCCGUAUAAACGUUGUGUCUUUCUCUUUAUCACAGUGUUAUGAUGAUGAAUGUCAGACUAAGUUAAAAGAUCUAAAACAAAUUUUAAUAGCAACAUGUACAUUUUACAGGUUGUUCUGUAGAUAUGUUUACAUUUUUCCUGUAUUUUAUUUUUUCAGAAUUAUUCCAACAACCACAGCUGCCAUUUAUUUAUUUAUUAUUGGCUGUAAAAAACAAACAAGAUUUUUUUUCUUUUCUUACAAUGAAGUUCAAGAGCAGCCCGUGGAUUGAGCACCGCGUGUGAAUCGCGUCUGCCUCGCGCUGCUGCUGCUCGGAGAUCCGCGCUCUUGUCAAUCAGCAGAAUUACGAGGCUCGCACUGCGCAGGCGUGAUCCAGUCUGAGCCGCGCGAGCUCGAGGCCAGUCUCUCUCCCCGUUUCUCCCGUUCUCAAGCUCUCCCGCCGGACAUGCCUCUGCACCACCUGCGGAUCGCGCGUCUCUCCGGCGCGUGAAUGGCCCUCGCGCCAUGGACGAAAUGCCGUUCCAGAAAGUCAAGACCCGGCGCCGGAAAAGCCACUGUCCGCCCGGGGUCAUCGCGUGCGAGGACGAGUUCGACUGCAAGGAGCUCGAGUCGCUCUUCCACAACUACAACCUGAGGCUCGAGCAGACCUCCACGCUGAAGGCGCUGUCCGUGCUCAUCCUGCUGUCCUCCGGCCUCAGCCUGCUGGAGCUGCUGCUGUCCGGCGCCAGCCUCACCAUCGCCAAGGGCUCGUACCCGGUGCACUUCGUCGUCUUCAUCUCGCUCUUCAUCGUCACCAACGUCAAGUACCUGCAGGUGACCCAGCUGCAGCAGAUCGCGCACCUGAGCCUGUUCUUCAGCUUCACCUUCUCGGUGCUGUGCUGCCCGUUCCCGCACGUGUCGGGCGCCGCGGGUCCGGAGCAGGGCGUUUGGCAGCUGCUACUGCUGACGUUCGUGGCGUACGCGCUGCUGCCGGUGCGGACGCUGCUGGCGCUGCUCUUCGGGCUGCUGGUGUCCGUGUCGCACACGAUUGUCACGGCCACGUCGGUGACGGCGAAGACGCAGCGGCUGUGGAGAGCGCUGGUGGCGAACACGCUGCUCUUCACCAGUGUCAAUCUGUCCGGUCUGUUUGUGCGCAUCCUGACGGAACGAGCGCAGCGCAAAGCCUUUCUACAGGCCCGAAACUGCAUCGAGGAGCGACUGCGCAUGGAGGACGAGAACGAGAAGCAGGAGCGUCUGUUGAUGAGUCUGCUGCCCAGGAACGUGGCCAUGGAGAUGAAGGAAGACUUCCUCAAACCACCAGAGAGGAUCUUCCACAAGAUUUACAUCCAACGGCACGACAAUGUCAGCAUCUUAUUUGCGGACAUCGUGGGCUUCACGUGUCUGGCGUCGCAGUGCACGGCGCAGGAGCUGGUCAAGCUGCUCAACGAGCUCUUCGGCAAGUUCGACGAGCUGGCCACGGAGAAUCACUGCAGGCGAAUCAAGAUUCUGGGCGACUGCUACUACUGUGUGUCUGGACUUACUCAGCCCAAAACAGACCACGCUCACUGCUGCGUGGAGAUGGGCCUGGACAUGAUCGACACCAUCACAUCGGUGGCUGAAGCCACAGAGGUGGAUCUGAACAUGCGUGUGGGUCUGCACACGGGACGCGUGCUCUGUGGGGUGCUGGGCCUGAGGAAGUGGCAGUAUGACGUGUGGUCCAAUGACGUGACGCUGGCCAACAUGAUGGAGGCUGGUGGAUUGCCUGGGAAGGUGCACAUCACUCGCGCAACACUGGAGUGUCUGAAUGGAGAUUACGAGGUGGAGCCGGGAAACGGCCGCGAGAGACACGCGUUCCUGCUCAAACACGACAUCGAGACCUUCUUCAUUGUGCCAUCUCACCGCAGGAAGAUUUUUCCUGGUCUGAUCCUGUCAGACAUCAAACCUGCCAAAAAGAUGAAGUUCAAGACCGUGUGUUACUUACUGGUGCAGCUCAUGCACUGCCGCAAGAUGUUCAAGGCUGAGAUUCCCUUCUCCAACGUCAUGAACUGUGAGGAUGGCGACAAGAGGAGGGUUCUCCGCUCCGCACCGGAGAAGCUAAGGAACCGCACGUCGACGUCGGCCAACGCCGCUCAGAGCAGCCCGGGGACACGCGUCAACCGCUACAUCAGCCGUCUGAUCGAAGCCCGGCAGACGGAGUCCGACACGGCUGACCUGAACUACCUCACGCUCAUGUACAGAGACUCUGAGCGAGAGCGCCGGUAUCAUCAGCUGAAUGACGAGUACUUCACCGGCGCUGUCGUUCUGUCUCUCGUCCUUGCUGCUCUGUUCGGCAUCAUCUACCUUCUCAUCAUACCACAGGGGACUGUUGUGCUGGUGCUGCUGGUCUUCUGCAUCUGUUUUCUAGUCGUGUGUAUCAUGUACCUGCACAUCACUAGAGUUCAGUGUAUUCCAGGGUGCCUCACCAUACAGAUCCGGACCGUUCUGUGUGUGUUCAUAGUGCUCUUAAUAUACGCUGUGGCUCAGGUCUAUGUGGUGGGUUGUAUGCCGUGGCUUUGGCCCACCAACUCCACACGCUCCAUCGUGAUCCUUGAUGCGGCCGGAGGGCUGAACCGCACUAUGGCCGAACUCCCAUGUGAAGGCGCCCAGUACGCCUUCCUGUCCUGCGUAGUGGGGACACUGACCAUGGCGCUCUUCCUGCGAGUGUCCUGGCUGCCCAAAGUGAUCCUGUUACUGCUGGUGGUGGUGCUGUACAUCACCAUACUGGAGCUCAGUGGAUUGCGACACAUGCCAGGAUGGGGGUUGCUGAGUUUUCGUGGUCUGGAGCCCAUCGUCUCUCUGCUGCUCUUCUCCACCGCUCUGGCCCUUCACUCCAGACAGAUGGACCUCAAACUACGGCUCGACUUCCUCUGGGCCACUCAGGCCGAGGAGGAGAGAGACGGCAUGGAGAAAGUCAAACUGGACAACAAGAGGAUUCUCUUCAACCUGCUGCCGGUUCAUGUGGCACAACACUUCCUGCUGUCCAACCCCAGAAACAUGGAUCUGUAUUACCAGUCCUACGCUCAGGUGGGGGUGCUGUUUGCCUCCAUUCCCAACUUCAACGACUUCUACAUCGAGCUGGAUGGAAACAACAUGGGUGUGGAGUGUCUGCGACUGCUCAACGAGAUCAUUGCCGACUUCGACGAGCUCAUGGACAAAGAGUGCUACAAGGACAUCGAGAAGAUCAAGACCAUCGGCAGCACAUACAUGGCAGCGGUGGGGCUGGUGCCUACCAUUGGGACCAAGGCAAAGAAAUCCCCUGCUGCCCACUUGAGCACCAUAGCAGACUAUGCCAUUGAAAUGUUUGACGUUCUUGAUGAAAUCAACUAUCAGUCAUAUAAUGAUUUUGUCUUGAGAGUGGGUAUUAAUGUGGGUCCAGUAGUAGCAGGGGUGAUCGGGGCUCGACGGCCACAGUAUGACAUUUGGGGGAACACGGUGAACGUCGCCAGCCGAAUGGACAGCACGGGGGUCCCAGGGAAGAUCCAGGUGACAGAUGACGUCUUCCGUAUGCUUCAGACGGACUAUGAUCUGGUGUGUCGUGGCAAUGUCAGCGUGAAAGGCAAAGGUCAGAUGCUCACGUACUUCCUGGAGGGCAAAGCGCAGGACGCCGGUAACAGAGCGCUGCAUCACACCGGCGGCCUGGAGCGCAAGGUUCACGCCAUCGCCCGCUCCAGCGGCACGCAGGCCAAAGCCAGCAGCAGCUUGUCCGUGUCCUCGGGCUUCGCUGCCAGGGUGGGCAUGGGCAGUACUCACGGGACACACGGUCACAGCUCCAAUGUGCCUUCAGUCGGAGAAGAGGAGGAGACCAAAGAGGAGGAGGUGUAGGAAUCACGUCUGCAGGUGGAACGAAUCAACUGUGUCUUCCCUUUGUACCCAGCUAUCAAUAAUAUAUUCCAAGAACGUUUUGCUAACGUUCCCUUUAAGAUUUUUUUUUUCUGAAUGCUCCCUUAUAAUAUCCAGUUUUUUAAAUGUUUUAAAAACAUUUUUUUCUUUUCUUGGUUAUUCGAAUGUUAAUGGAACAUUCCAUUUGAUCAUUCUUCAAACAUUGCGGGAACGUUACUUUUGAAUGUUCUCUGAACGUUCUGAAAUGAGUAGUAAUAUUUAAAACGUUAGACAAAUGUCCAACUAAAACUAAAACGUUCCAUGAACGAUGUAUAAAUAAUCCUAAUGUUUUGAAAACAUUAUUAAAGACCAGAUACCUUUAAACGAACAUUCUAUUAACGUUACUGGAAGAACGUUUGUUCAUAACUUUGAGAGAACCUUGCCAGAACGUUCCCUGUUAGCGAUUUACCUUUUCAUAACGAUUCUUCACUUCAUGCUCUUUUAAAGACUUUCCACCAUCACAUCAUAUCCUCCUGGAUAAAUUCAUUUCUUUCCCACUCAAGUCAUUGAAGUCAAUGGGCUGUGAAUGUCCACAUAAUCAUAAAGACGUGAAUGCUCUUUGAAAUUGAAGGAUUUUGCGGCCCUGCGUGAACAUUCAAAGCCUCAAGUGAUCUUUUGCAAGGCGCCAUUUUUUUAUGCAUCCUAAGCCAACAUCUUAUAUGAACUGUACAUACUAGAUGUUCAUACAGUUAGAUUUUGUGUAUUUUUUUGUAUUAAACUCUCCAGUGCAUUUGAA